AUGGAUGUAUUUCGUCAUGGCGAUCGAUCCCCCAUUGAGUCGUUUCCCAUGGACCCUCACGGUGAGGAAGUGUGGGCACAAGGCUUCGGGCAGCUAACUGAGUUGGGGAUGAGACAGCAGUUUGACGUCGGCAGGUUUCUAAAGAGACGCUAUGGACUCUUCCUCAGUGAAGACUACAACAGCAAAGAGGUGUACGUGCGGAGCACAGACUAUGACCGCACUCUAAUGAGUGCCCAGGCUAACCUGGCUGGGCUGUUCCCCCCAAACAGACGCCCCCCUCCCCUCAUGCCCCAGUUACCAUGGCGGCCCAUUCCAGUGCACACUGUCACCAGAGCACAGGAUAAGCUGUUGAAGUCCCCAAGCAAACACUGCCCCAGGUUUAGAGAGCUGAUGGGGGAGACGUUUGACAGCCAACACUACCGGAGAGUUCUCAAGUCUCACCAGCGAUUUAUACAGGAGCUCUCCAACCACACUGGGUAUCCUGUGUCUAGGCUGCUGGGCAGGAAUUCCAUCUGGAGGGUCUACGACACUCUCUCCUGUCAGAGGAAUCACAACCUGACCACCCCUGGCUGGGCCACACAGGAAGUACUCAACACUCUACAGGAAAUAUCCUCCUUUGAGGUCAUGUUCAGCGUCGUCACUCACAAGAGAAAGGAAAAGGCCAGGCUCUCAGGAGGGGUUCUGUUGAAUGCUAUCCUGAGGAAUUUCUCCAAGGCAAUGGAGCAAGGGAGCACGCUCAAGUUCAUCAUGUAUUCAGCACAUGACUCCACCCUCAUCACUCUCCAGGCUGCCCUAGACGUGUACAAUGGUCUUCUUCCUCCUUAUGCUGCCUGUCAGCUCUUUGAGUUCUACCAAGAGGAUGAUGGGUCCUAUUCUCUUGACAUGUAUUACCGUAAUGACUCAUCCCGUGAUCCCUACCCGACCCCUGUGCCUGGCUGUGAGACAACUUCGUGCCCUCUGACCUCAUUCACUGACCUGGUUAAAGAUGUCAUCUCAACGGACUGGGACGCCGAGUGCGGGCUCAAACCGUCAUGGUCCAACACAGCCUGA